ACUAAUUGAAAUAACGAAUGAAUCAAUCCCUAAUCCAACACCUACUAGACCUGGUAUCAUCCUUUAUCAGCCUUCUUGAUAAAAAGAAGUGAUAGAUUUUGAUGAAUAAACCGUAAUCUCUUGGCGCGUUCCGCUCGACCCAUCGCUUCCGCCCAGAUGGGUUGAUCACGUGACCACCACCACGUGCAAAUUUGGUUUUGUCGUCAGCCCGCUUGAAUAGCAGCCGCGGACGUGUCGUCGUCGGCGUCCUGUCCACAGUGCAACAAGUGAGGGGCGGUGUUCUUCCAGUUUCCGUUGUUUUCCGUCUUGAAAAACGCGUAAUUCAAAAUUAAUUAUUCCUAGCACAAGUGAUCUCUGAAAUUUUCAAAGUCACAGCCUGCUCUGCACAAAAUUUAAUUGGACACUUGGUAUAGUACUAACUAACGUAUAUUUCACGUCCUUGGCACGCUUCACAUAUCAGAAAUAGUUAUUUCAGCCAAAUGUCCGACACCAGUUUCAUAAAAGACCUGCCUUCGGGCCCCCUCGACGCCUACCGCGAUCGUGCAACUUUCGACUGGAAAAAAAUGAAACUUUUUUUCGAAGAUCCCGAUUUGCUCAAAGUCAAAAUGCGAGUUUGGGAAACUUUGGAAAAAGACCCAAUUUUCCAAACUCCUAAAACCGAAUUAAAUUCCGAAGAAAUGAAACGGCGAUCAGCCCUCCAAUUACGAAAAUACUGCCAGUUGAGCUUCGUAACGCCGGAAAUGGCCAACUUACCGUACAAGCGCAAGACGCGCUACAUGAUGACAAUCAACGAGGCUUUGGCCGUAACAUUCCCGGACGUUUCCGUGAAACAUGCAAUCGGAAUCGGCCUAUUUAAGAACACACUUACCACCCUGGGGACGGAACGGCACAAAAACGUCCUGGACGCCGCCUGGAAGGGGAAGAUUCUCUCUUGUUUAGCUUUGACAGAAAUCGCGCACGGAAGCAACACAAAACAAAUGCGCACCACCGCCACCUACGACAAAACCCGGCAAGAAUUCAUAAUAAACACCCCUGAUUUCGAGGCAGCCAAGUGCUGGGUGGGCAAUCUGGGCAAAACCUGUACCAUGGGCCUGCUCUUCGCCCAACUGUACACCAAUGGGCAAUGCUACGGCCUGCACGCGUUCCUCGUCCCCAUAAGAGACCCCAAAACCCUUCUACCAUACCCCGGCAUCGUGGUGGGGGACAUGGGCGAGAAAAUCGGCCUCCAUGGCAUAGAUAAUGGGUUCAUAAUGUUCAAAAACUACCGAAUUCCGCGAGAAAAUCUCCUUAAUCGCACCGGUGAUGUGACACCGGAUGGGGACUACAAGAGCAGUUUUUCCGAGCCGGGGAAAAUUUUGGGCGCAGCUUUGGAAAAUUUGUCCACCGGGAGGGUGGGCAUAAUGCAGGAAAGCGCGAAUAAUUUGGUGUGUGCGGUCACGAUUGCGGUGCGAUAUGCAGCUGUGCGAAAGCAGUUUGCCAAAAGUCCAGACGAACGAAGCGAGUUACCAAUUAUCGAGUAUGAGUUGCAUCAAUGGAGGAUUUUUCCGUAUGUGGCUGCUGCCGCAGUUUUGAAAAUUUUUGUCGCGGGAUUCACCGAUGAGUAUUUAGCGACGGUGCAAAAGUCCACGUCCGCCACGCAAAUCGAGGAUUUGACCAGCUACGUGGCCGAGAUCCACGCCGUGGUCUCGAGUGGGAAGCCCCUGAUCACGUGGAUCUGCCGCGACGCGGUCCAGGAGUGCCGUGAGGCUUGUGGAGGCCACGGCUUUCUCAAAUCGGCCCGUUUCGGGGAAUUACGCGGUGCCAUAGACCCUUGCGUCACCUACGAGGGCGAUAACAAUGUUUUGGGCCAACAGGCGAGCAAUUGGUUGGUGAGACAGUGGGAAAAAACGAAAGUUGGCGAGGAAUUGUGCACGCCAUUGGAGACUUGCGCGUUUUUCCGACGUUCAGGGGAGAUUUUACGACGGAAAUUUGAACUGGAACUGGUUCAAGACGUGCUUGAGAUGAACUUCAUUCACGUGUGUUACGAGUGGUUGAUUACGUAUCUAGUGGAGGAGACGUAUAUUAAGCAACAAAAGUUGCUGAAGGAAGGGUUUUGUAAAACCGAAGCUCGGAAUAAAUCGCAGGUUUAUUGCGCGUCGGUUCUGACGCGCGUUUACGCCGAAUACAACGCAUUCAGAUUUUAUUGCAAGGAAUUAUCAAAGGCUGAAAAAUCACUAGAGGGCGUUUUGCAACAACUAGGGCUUCUGUACGGUUUAGUAAACAUAGAUAAAUACUCGUCAUAUUUCUAUCAAGGUGGUUAUGCAAACACACCGCUUUUUUCGCAUUUGGUCAAAGGAGGCGUGCUCGAGUUGUGUAAAACAUUGAAAGAUAAUAUUCUGGGGGUUAUUGAUGCCAUGGCACCGCCUGAUUACGUGGUUAAAUCAGUUCUGGGCAAGUCCGACGGAAAGCUCUACGAAAAUCUACAAAACGCAAUUAUGGGAAACCCCGACUCGAUGACACGUCCGCACUGGUGGAGAGAAAUAAUCGUACCUGAUGCUCCCGAUUUUAAACAGCCAAAGAGUAAAUUGUGAAGGCGCGGGUGUUACGCAAAUACUUAUAUUUGUAUAGAAAUAUUUUUAUAAUACACAAUUAUUACAUUCUCUUGCGAUGA